UGAUUGGAGCUUUGACCAUGCCAGAAUAGGAGAGAGAAAUUUAACCUCCCCCAUUUUUAUUCUUCCUCCUUCAUUUUCGGGAGGAGAGAGAAACAGACACAAAUUGAUUUAUUUUCUGGUUUUUUAGGGAUUUUUUCUUCUUCCAUUUCCCCCCUCUUUCGAUUUUUCGUCUGAAUUUGCAGAGGAGAGAGAGAUUUAAUCUCUCUUUCUCUAUCUUCGUCUUCUUCCCUCUUUUCGAUAAUUUCUGGGAAUUUUUGAAAUUUCUAGGGUUUCUUGUGAGGGAGAAAAGGGGGGAGGAGCUGAGAGAAAGUAAUAGAAGAUGAAUGUGAUGCGUCGUCUCAAAAGCAUUGCUUCUGGCCGCACUUCUAUCUCUGACAUCGGCGGGGAUUGUAGCACCAAGAGGGCCAAAGUUGAGCACGAAACAGAAGGAAGUUUCACUGAUGAAUCACACCAAUCAAACCUUGAUGAGAGAUGUACUACAGAAGUAGAGCAACGUGUGGCUUCAACAUCCAUGGAAGCUGUUCCAAGCACAUCUGAUGUGAAUCCUAUUGAUAAUACGCAAAAAGCUGAUUAUGAUAAGCUUCCUACAGAAAUGCAUGGAAUGAAAAUCCAGGAUAGCAAAGCAGAUAAAGGUGAUGAUAAGGACAUGGAAGCAGCUUUUGUGAGUGGCAGUGGCACUGAAGCUGGUCAGAUAAUUACAACUACAAUGAGUGGUAGGAAUGGGCAGCCAAAGCAGACCGUUUCUUACAUGGCGGAACGCGUGGUUGGCACUGGAUCAUUUGGUGUAGUCUUCCAGGCGAAGUGCUUGGAAACUGGUGAGCAAGUUGCAAUUAAAAAGGUGUUGCAAGAUAAGCGAUACAAGAACAGGGAGCUCUCGAUCAUGCGUUUACUAGAGCAUCCCAAUGUUGUUCAACUAAAGCAUUGUUUCUAUUCAACGACCGAAAAGGAUGAGGUGUACCUUAACCUCGUCCUUGAGUAUGUUCCUGAAACUAUCUACCGGGUUUUGAAGCACCAUAAUAGGAUGAAUCAGCACAUGCCAAUGAUCUAUGUACAACUUUAUACCUACCAGAUUUGUCGCUCGCUCAAUUAUAUACACAAUGUUAUUGAUGUUUGCCAUCGUGAUAUCAAGCCCCAGAAUAUACUUGUUAAUCCACACACUCAUCAAGUAAAGCUGUGUGAUUUUGGGAGUGCAAAGAUGUUGGUUCCAGGUGAACCUAAUAUUUCAUACAUUUGUUCCCGUUAUUAUCGAGCUCCAGAACUGAUAUUUGGAGCUACUGAGUACACGACUGCAAUCGAUAUGUGGUCUGUGGGUUGUGUCAUGGCCGAGCUUCUCCUAGGACAGCCAUUGUUUCCCGGUGAAAGUGGUGUUGAUCAACUGGUGGAAAUCAUCAAGAUUUUGGGAACACCAACUAGAGAAGAAAUAAAGUGUAUGAAUCCAAAUUACAGCGAGUUUAAGUUUCCCCAAAUCAAGGCUCAUCCAUGGCACAAGGUGUUUCACAAGCGUAUGCCCGCUGAAGCUGUUGAUCUUGUAUCGAGAUUGCUCCAGUAUUCACCAAAGCUUCGAUGCUCAGCUCUGGAGGCUUGUGCGCAUCAUUUCUUCGAUGAUCUGAGAGACCCAAAUGCAAGCUUGCCUAAUGGCAGACCUCUUCCUCCUCUAUUCAACUUCACGCCUGAUGAGUUGGCUCAUGCGACACCUGAACUACGUGCACGUCUCAUACUUGACCCAACAAAGAAGUGAAAAGUUUCAAGGUGCUGGUUGGCAUCUCUGGCCAGUGACAUAUUUUCCUUGGUUUGUUAAUGUGCCCACAAGUUAUCUUGAAUUGUGAGUGCUCCCUGAGCUUGUCAUCCUCAUUUACGUGUUCAAUCCAGCAAGAACACUUUACUUGGAAGAUCAGCUAUGUAUUUGUAACUGAGGUCGUUUUCUUCUUUAACCGGGGAAUUAAGUAGUUCAAGAGAGUGUAAUAUACGCGGAAUGGUGGUUAUUUAGCUAUGUUUUCAAAGUUACGACGCCUCUCCAAUCACGGGGUGAAAUUAUGUAUGUUUUUGUAUCUAAGCCUUAGUUAUUCAUGGUCAUCAAAACUUUCCAUGGUUACUAGAUUGCGUUUGCAACUACUAGGCUACGUGUAAUAUAUAGUCACUUUUGUGCAUUAUUACGAGGUGUUGUGGAGAAAUUUAAGGCUCUUAUUUUUUGUGCGA